AUGACCAUGCAGGCCGGGGAAGCAGUUCCCCAGCUGAGCAGCGCUUCACAUCCUGUCAACAAGAAGCAAAGAUGGCACAUGGAGUUAGGUGUUCGAGAGGAAGGAGGUGAAAGGGCGCCGCCGCCGCCAGAGCUGUCGCUGCUCCCGCCACCGCCGCCACCGACCCCAGCGACCCCGACGUCCUCGGCGGCCACGUUGGACCUGGGCGACCAGAGGGAGCGCUGGGAGACGUUCCAGAAGCGGCAGCGGCUCACCUGCGAGGGCGCAGCCAAGCUCCUGCUGGACACCUUCGAAUACCAGGGCCUGGUGAAACACACAGGGGGUUGCCACUGUGGAGCUGUUCGUUUUGAAGUUUGGGCCUCAGCGGACUUACACAUCUUUGACUGCAACUGCAGCAUUUGCAAGAAGAAGCAGAAUAGACACUUCAUUGUCCCGGCUUCUCGCUUCAAGCUCCUGAAGGGCGCUGAGAGCAUGACCACAUACACGUUCAACACACACAAAGCCCAGCACACCUUCUGUAAGAGAUGUGGUGUUCAGAGCUUCUAUACUCCCCGCUCAAAUCCUGGAGGCUAUGGAAUCGCCCCGCAUUGCCUGGAUGAGGGCACUGUGCGGAGUGUGGCCAUUGAGGAGUUCAAUGGCAGCGACUGGGAGAAGGCCAUAAAGGAGCACAAAACCAUCAAGAACAUGUCUAAGGAAUGAGCUUCUGCUUUUCCCUCACUGAAAAGGAGGAAUGAUUGGGACUGGCAACUUUGCUGUCCCUGCUGCACCCCAGUGGUGCUCAUGAAUGUGGCUGACCCAGACUGUGGUUCUGUUGGCCAGCAGCCAUUUUGAUCUGUGCAGUUUGCUCGGAUACCAGUUUCUUUAGGCAGCUCUUUGUCCUUCCUCAGCCCAAAUUUUGAUGUAGGCUAGUUGACAUCCUUCCAUCUCUUCCCAACUUUUGUGUGAUCUUUUAGAAAAAAAUAAAUAUUUUUAACAUUAAAGCA